AUGCACAACGCUUUCGCCAACAGUGACACCUCUGGCUAUACCCACUGGGAAUGCGCCCAACAGAACAGCGGUGACAAUGCACUUGUUGCCCUCCAGGGCGAUACAUACGUCGUUUCCUCUCGACUCUGGGAAUUUGCAUCCUUCUUCCGCUUUGCUCGACCUAGUUCUGUUCGGGUUGAUGCCACCAGCACCGUGGAGAAUGUAUACGUCAGCGCGUAUGUCAACAAGAACGGUACUGUAGCCAUCCCGGUGAUCAAUGCCGCCCUUACCCUUCCAGUACAGAAGUUUGAGAUAAUUGAGAAACAUACGCAAUCCACCAUACUUUCCUGA